UAUACUAUAUUUAGUGAACUGUCAAUAAAAGUGCGGUUACUGUGUCAGUAAAGAAUCUACUAUAGGUUUGGGCGAUUUUGGUGCAUAUUAUCGCUGCGCUUAUUAUUCAUUUCCUGCUAAUUCCCAAAAUUGAAACGCUUUUUGUACCAAUUUAUUUUAUUGAAAUCGACAUGAGUGAUUUAGUGGAUAUAGGAUUUUUAGAACCGUGUGCUGAUUGGCUCCUGACAAAUAAGUUUUUUCGAAGCAAAGUGGGUGGUAAACCUGCAUGGCUGGAGUUGAAACAUUUGCCUUCGCCAAAGGAUAUUCUUUGUGAAGAAUGUGGUGAUCCUUGCGUAUUUUUGUGUCAAAUAUAUGCUCCCUUGGAUGGAAAAGAAAAUUGCUUCCACAGAAUGCUGUUUAUUUUUGUCUGUCUGAAAUCGUCCUGCUAUAAACCAAACCAGUGCAAAAACAUCAAAGUAUAUCGUUCCCAACUCGCCAGGAAGAAUGAUUACUUUAGUUUCGAUCCACCAAGUGAAGAUGUACCCUCCGAUCCUGUUCCUUCCCCAGUUCCACUCUGUGUUGUGUGUGGGUGUCGUGGGCCGCAGCUGUGUUCUAAAUGCAAGACUACUAGCUAUUGUGGAGUGGUUCACCAGCGCAUCGAUUGGAAGCAUGGUCAUAAAGCCACAUGUGGACAGGUAGCGAACACCAGUUCCAUAUCUAGCAUAUUGUUUCCACAGUACGAGAUUGUUACGGAACCGGAAGAGGUGGAACCAACCAAAAAGUUAUCUGAGGAGGACAACGAGAAGGACCAGAUGAAUGAGUACCGGAAAUUGGUGAAUGAAGGAAAGGCUGGUGAUCUGGAAGAUCUUACCGAAAGCGAACUGGAUAGUUAUGCGGAACAAAGUGAAGACAAAUACUUCUUAAAAUUCAGAAAAAGAAUCGCAAACGAUCCAGAUCAGAUUUUGCGGUACGAACGAGGAGGGAAUCCACUGUGGCUAUCGCCUGUUGUGCCUAAAAAUAUCACUUCAUGUGAUUACUGUGGCGGUGCAAGAGUUUUCGAAUGUCAAAUAAUGCCACAGCUUCUAAACAGUCUUAAAAAUGAUAGCAUUGAUUGGGGCACGCUGGCUAUUUAUACGUGUGAACAAAGCUGCGACCCGCCAGGCCAAGGUUAUGCAAGGGAAUACAUUUUCAAACAGGAUGUACUCGAAACUGAUUCUCAUCACUCAGCGAACGAUCAAUAAAGAUGGAAGAAGUCAUGCGUAACUUUUUAUUUAUAUUUAUUUACUGAAUAAAACAAAUGCGAUUGCUCAUAUCCUGCUCAAUAAGGAUAAAAGCUAUAUAAUAAAUGCA